AUAAUCACAGUUCUGCUCUUGUAACGGAAGCGGACCGGGGUGCGGUAAUUUCCCGCCUUGUUUCGGCGUUCGGAAGCAUGAACGGCAUUCAACUUACUCCUUUCCAACUGUGGCUGCAUGACAGCUUGAGAACGAUGGGUCUAGAUGAUGGCACCUUUGCCCCGUACAUCCAAGCUCUCCUGAUGGAAGCAUCAGAAGGUGGAGUGUAUGAGAAUGGUGGCGUAGAAAUGACAUUGGCAUCCCUUUGUCCACCGGAGCAGGAGCCGCAGUGGAAAUCCUUUUGCCAAGGUUUGCUCCUCUACAGCGCCCAACCACAUCUUCUCUCGGCUUCGGCGGGUCAUUCCCCCCCCUCGGUGGCUUCUUCCCCUGCCAACACCUUGUCUCCCUCCCCCGAGUCGCGCGUGCCGUCCUCCGUCUCCGCAACCACCCUCAACACCUUCUCGCCCGUAUCUUCCACCUCACUCACGGCCUCCCCUUCGCUUCUGUCUUCGUCUUCGCGUCCUUUCCUUCCCAAGCGCCAGCAGUCCCAGGAGCACGGGCAGCAACCAUCAUCCCUUGUAGGGUCAGUGACACACGACCAUGCACCGGGCCGGGAGGAGGACGAUCCUUUCUCCCUCGACACCCUCUCGGCGCGGGUCGCCUCGUCCUGCCUGGGCGAAGACGAAGAGGAGCAGGAGACAGUCGGACCCCCCACGCAGUUUCCGGACGCGCGGCUUGGCCCCCCCGAUCCCCUCUACCCUCAGCCAGCCGAGGCAAGCCGCCACAUGCACGUGGCUCCCAUGGGAGAACAUGGACGGGGACACCUGGGCAGUCUGCAAGCUUCGCCCUCCUUCCACCCCUAUUACUCACCCAUGGCCACCCCCUACCUCCCCGGAGGCCCAUCGAUCGGACCUGGCCCCUUUCCAACCCACACAGCUCCCUGA